GUUAUCUCUAACCAACCUACUUCAUCAUGUGUACUGUGUAGCCAUCACAUUGCCGGCCAACGCAGCUCGUAACUAUUUUGAGUAGCCACCCACUUCAUUUUAACUUUCUUCUUCUUCUAUUCUGUACAGAGUAUAAGAGUAUUUAACUACGGUUGCUCGGACGGUUAGCAACUGAGACUCAAACAUGCUUCAGCUCUACUCGUAUUGGCGGAGUUCUUGCUCUUUCCGCGUUCGAAUUGCUCUCAAUCUGAAAGGACUUGAUUACGAGUACAAAGCGGUUAACUUGAUCAAUGGCGAGCAAUCCAGCCCUGAAUUUCUGAAGAUCAACCCAAUGGGGUAUGUGCCUGUAUUGGUGGAUGGAGAUGUGGUUAUUUCAGACUCUUUUGCCAUUUUGAUGUAUUUGGAAGAAAAGUACCCAGAGCAUCCCUUGUUGCCUGAUGAUCUUCAGUUAAAAGCUAUACACUUUCAGGCUGCAAAUAUAGUUUCUGCAAACAUACAACCUCUACAAAAUUUAGUUAUUCUGAAAUAUAUUGAAGACAAAGUGGGUCCCGAUGAAAAAGUCCCAUGGUGUCUGACUCAUAUACGAAAAGGCUUUGCUGCGCUGGAAGCGUUAUUGAAAAGUCAUGCUGGGAAGUAUGCUACGGGUGAUGAAAUUUAUCUGGCUGAUCUUUUUCUAGUGCCCCAAAUCUAUGGAGCUGUCAACAGAUUCAAAAUGGAUAUGAAUGAGUUCCCCAUUCUAUCUCGUUUAUAUGAGGCGUACAAAGAAGUACCUGCUAUUCAAAAUGCUAUGCCAGAGAAACAACCAGAUGCAUCCCCCUAGGCAAGAGGUUUAGGGUCUCAUGGGUACUUAUUUAUCCUCUUUUGCUGAAGCGGCUGUAGGCUCUUCAGAUCAUUCUGGUGGGUGGCCUUGAGAAUUUGCAUCUUUGUUUUUUAGACUACUUUCAUGAGAUCCACUGUUGUAAUAAAUAUAUUAUCACUUGGGACGUGAUACUAUAUUAUCUUUAAUGGUUUUCACUCCCUUCUAAUAAAAAAUGUUCUAAUUCUAUCAUUGAAACAAUUCCACUUUUAGUCAUGUGACUAUUAUACCACUUCCACAUUUAGUCUCUUACUUUCAGAUUGUCCACAUUUAGUCCGUGACCAUUAUCUCCUCACCACCUCUCGUCCUUCCGGCUAAAAUUCCGGCAAAUAUAAUGCAGAUUUUACGUAUGAAAAACCAAAUUUAAUGCAAAGACUGAUAUGAAAAACUCAACCUUAUAUAAAAUUUAAUGCAAAGACUGAUUCUGAGGUUGAUAAGUGGACUAAAUUUGCUGGAAUUUUGGCCAGAAGGACGAAGAGUGGUGAGGGGAUAAUGGUCACGGACUAAAUGUGGACAAUCUGAAAGUAAGGGACUAAAUGUGAAAGUAGUAUAAUAGUCAUGGGACCAAAAAUUUAAUUUUUUCUAAUUCUAUCUCGUGUAACUUUUUGGUCCCCUUCUACUAAACGUGUUCACUGAAUUAUUUAAAUGCGUGAAUUGAGAUUGUUACUGGUUUACUCUGUGCAGCUUCGUAGAGUGUAUGUCAAUACAACACAGUGAGGUUUCAGAUGUUAUAGUGAAUACUCCGUAUGAUAUAAUGAUAUUGGUAUUAACUAAUAAGGCCCAAGGCUUUAACAUUGAUUUAAAUUUCUUAAUGAAAUCUCACGAUUUGUAAACUUGGAGUUCAUUUUAAUAUGAUAAAUCUUAUAUAAUGGUUUAUUA